GAAUGGCGCCAUUGCGACAUAUUACGCAACUCACUGUCAAGCCCACCGGGACUACAGGAACUGCAGAACGGAUUUCUGCAUAUAAUCUGCGGAAUUCCCCUUCAUGGCACUGAAUACUUUUGCCCAGUCUAUAUAUUUGAACCCCAUCAGUUCAAGCAUACGCCUGACUGAUCAGAACUAUUGGCGCCGAGAAUUUACCAGAGGACUGUGCAUCAAAGCCAAGACAUCACUAAGGAGCUAAGAUCAAUAUGUCUUCAUCCAGCUUCCCUCAGGGUUUCGAGAAGGAGAAAAGGGCGUCCGUGACGGUGACAAGUGACCUGGCCCCACUUUCGAGCGAAGAAGAUGAGAAGAAGAUCAUCAAUAACUCGCUCAUAGAAGGUGAUGCUGAUAGAAUUCUGAUGCGCAUCAAUGAGCUCGCAAAGACUUAUUGGGAGGACGACGGCUCUGUCGAUCCUGUAGCACAGUUCUUGUUCAAUGUGGUACAGGAGAUGACCGUUGACCGAGGUAUCGAGAUUCUCAAGGAGACCUAUGAAGAGCACUUUGAUGAUGUGAAUUUCCCGCCCGAGGAUCUUGAAUAUGUGCGAGUGCUUUCUUUGGGAUAUGAAGUCUUUGAGGGUGAUUUUGAGACUUACGCUUUGGAUGUCAGGGUCAUGGCGGCCCUGAUCGACUCUCAUUCACCGUAUCCUGAGGUGCGAGCAGUGUGCGACCCGUUUGAUGAUCCGACGAUUCCGGUGGAGACUAUCCGUGUCUAUGUUCUUGGUCUUAUAUGGGUUGCCAUUGGUGCUUUUGUGAAUGAGUUUUUCCAGCAGCGACAGCCUAGUUUGACUAUCUCGUCGACUGCAAUCCAGUUGCUGCUGUAUCCAUGUGGAAAGUUUUGGGCCAAGGUUGUUCCGGAUUGGGGUGUCACAUUCCGCGGGAAACGAAUCAGCUUGAACCCCGGACCGUGGACGAAUAAGGAGCAGAUGUUGGCGACUCUUAUGGUCAAUAUUGCUUCGACUAGUCUCAACUUUGCUGCUUAUGUCAUCGUCAUGCGUCUUGAGAUGUUUUUCAACUUGAAGUGGGUAUCGUUUGGGUUUAUGUUUGUUAUGAACCUAUCCUCUCUCUUUUUUGGAUUUGGGCUGGCCGGAAUCAUGCGUCGAUGGGUGAUCUACCCGGUCAAGACUGUAUGGCCAACUGUUCUCCCAACUCUGGCCCUCAACCGCGCACUUUUGGUCCCUGAAGCUCGCUCAAACAUCCACGGCUGGACUAUCACGCGAUACAAGUUUUUCUUCACCGUGCUGAUUGCGUCGUUCCUAUACUUUUUUAUUCCGGAUUACCUGUUCAAGGCCCUGAGUUGUUUCAAUUGGAUGACAUGGAUCGCGCCUCAGAAUAAGAAUCUUGCAAUCAUCACGGGAUCAUACAUUGGCUUGGGAUUCAAUCCGAUUUCGACUUUCGAUUGGUCAGUGAUCAACUAUACGGUACCGCUGACGGUGCCGUUUUUCUCGCUUGUCAACCGCUACGUCGGUAUGGUCCUUGGUGCUUUCAUCAUGAUUGCGUUUUACUGGACAAACUACAAGUGGACGGCGUAUAUGCCGAUCAACUCUGCGACAUUGUACGACAAUAUGGGCAAGACUUAUAACACCAGUCGGGUGUCGAGCAACCUGCUGCUUGACGAAGAGGCUUAUUUGAACUACUCGCCUCCUUAUAUCUCUGCGGGAAAUUUGCUGAUGAACGGUGGCUACUUUGUUCUUUACGUGUUUGCCUUCACUUAUGUGUUGUUCACUGAGCACCGGCUGCUGUGGAAGGCGUUGAAGAAUAUGUGGUUUGCGAUACGGCAUCCGAGAAGGUCGACGAUGGCCGAGUUCAAUGAUCCGCAUACGAGAAUGAUGAGGAGCUACAAAGAGGUUCCUGACUGGUGGUAUUACGCCGUUUUGAUUUUGUCGUUUGUAUUUGGAGUGAUUGCUGUCGAGCACUGGCCGACCAAUACGCCAAUUUAUGGAGUUGUGGUUAUCUUGCUGUUGAGUAUUGCGCUGCUUAUUCCUAGCACGUUGGUAUACUCAAUUACGGGAUAUGAGCUCAAUGUGUACUACUUUGCGGUUGUCAUCACCGGAUAUAUGUGCAAAGGGAAUGGAAUGGCCAAUAUGCUUCUGCGUCUUUAUGGAAAUAACAUUGACGUUCAAGGCGAGUCGUUCAUUUCCGAUCAAAAGCUGGGACAUUACAUGAAGCUGCCACCACGAGCAGUAUUCCGGGCGCAGAUGAUUGCCGUGUUUGUUCAAGGUUGUAUCACUAUCGGCGUCGUUCAAUUCUGUAUGGACUCGAUUGUGGACUUUUGCAGCUUGACUCAGACCGAUAAGUUUACAUGCACAUUUCCGCAUCAGCUUUACUCGCAAACGAUUAUGUAUGGCAUCAUCGGGCCACAGCGGAUGUUUUUCACAUUGUAUCCGGUGCUGAAGUACUGCUUCUUGAUGGGCUUUUUGUUUGCAUUCCCGCUGUAUGCACUCAAGGUUUACUUCCCGAAGAAGAUGAUGUAUUUCCAUCCGAUUCUGUUCAUCAAUGGGUUCAGUCGAUGGGGAUCUACAUACAAUCUGUCGUACUACACGCCGGGGCUGGUUAUGGGCUAUAUUUUCAACCGAUACAUCAAGCACCGAUAUGUAAGAUGGUGGACGAAGUACAACUAUGUGUUGACGUCAGGGUUGUCUGCGGGUAUGGCGUUUGGAGGAAUUGUGAUUUUCCUUACGUUGCAGUACACCAACACUUCUGUGAAAUGGUGGGGAAACAGCGUGUAUGCGAGUGGGAUUGACUAUGCAAAGACGGCGACGCUGAAGGAUAUUCCGGAGGGUGGCUUUGGAUUAAAAGUUGGCGAGUUCAGUUAGAGAGGUGGAGUGGUUUUUUGUGAUGAGGUAUGAGUGUCUGUUGGAUUGUUUGGCUGUUGUUUUGUAGUUAAAAUGGAGUAAGUUAUGAAUAGUAGUUGGUAGCAAUUUCACCUCGAAGACGCCUUGUCCGCCAAGAGUGGUUUUGCUGUGCCGUAGGGAGGGUAACUCCCGGGGUCCGACGGCCCGACCUUGGAGGGUUUGUAUAUGUCCGGAGACUGCACGUGAUACUCAGCAGUCGACUCAGCAGGAUAGUUGCCUGAUCGCCGGCAGCAGUUGUUAUGGUACAGAGAGUGGUUAUGAUUACUUCUUCUGUGAUUAUGAGUGAACAAUAGUGUUCUGCUUGUCCAGCACAUAGUAUAGUUGAUAAUGAUCACUUAUAGCGUUAGACCCACAUCAAACAUAACACUUCUUAAAUGUAAGGACAACGUGACAGGUGAUUAAUGCCAGCGCGACGG